AUGGCAGAGGGGCAAUCUGUCGAUGAGUUUCCUCUUGGUCAGCACGCUCAGAUCUGCGGGCUGUCAUCAAAGCCUGAGCUCAACGAUCAGUACUGCGUCUCCAAGGGCAUCAACCCUGACAAUGCUGAGCGCUUGUUGGUUGUCACCAGCAGUGGUGCGCAGCUGUCAUUGAAGCCCACCAACUUGAGGGUAACGGAGCUCUUGCCGGGAUCACAAGUGGUGGUUGUGGGAUUGACCAGUGCAUCAGGCUCCAAGCUGAAUGGAAAAAGCGGCGAAGUGCUGAGUUGGCACGGCGACCGCUGGAUCGUUGAUAUGAAUGAUACUGAGCCGAAAGAGCGCAAAUCGUUCAAACCCGAGAAUGUGGUCAUAGUGCCGGAGCGUGUAACCAAGAAACGUAAAGCGGAGGAGCCACCUCCUGAGGAGAAGAAGAUGAAAACUUCGGACCUCAGAGACAUCGAAUCUUCGGAUGAGACUGUGGUGGCACGCUGUUUACUGCGUUUGCUUCGAGAGUUUGAGAUUGUGGCGCAGAAGUGCAUUUGCGUUCUCGCCACGAAGACGAGCAUGACAGUCAUGAACGAACUGGCAGCGCACCUGACAGAUAAGCAGGCUUGGAUGUCAACACUGUGUCCAGCUGAUGCCAACCCAAGAGGCCCAAGACUGUUUCUGGAAACUGCAGCUGAGCGAAAGUGA